AAAAAAAAAGUCGAUAAACGAUAAUGAUACAAUUACGAUCUUAUCCAAGAUUUUUUAAAUCUUUGAAAAUAUUACAAUUGUUAUUGAGUUUUGUAAUUUUCAUAAUAGAAAUGAUACAGAUUGAAAUAUAUUGUGCAUAUAUUUCAGAAAAUAAUCUUCCUAUUCCAAAAUCAUCGUUUUUUUUAAAACAGGAUUUUUAUAACGGUGAAGUUAAAAUUUGGUAUUACAUUGUAAUAAUAGUCACAUUAAUUGGAAUUGGUUAUUAUUUGUCAAGAUUUCAUAAAUAUUGGGGAAUGGGUCCAAAUAUAAUUAUAGACUUGUAAGCAUAUUUAUUUUAAACAUACAGUAUCUUAAUGUAGAGACAAUAUUGACGAACUUUAAAAAUUAUUAUUAACAGGAUUUUCUUUUUAUUAUGGUUCGUAGCCCAUUAUUUUAGGUCUUGCGA